CAACGUUCCUACAGCUAAAUCUAAUAAACCACCUUUCCAGGCUCCGGGGGGACUAUUUACAUAUCUAAUAAAAGUUGAAAAGAGAGCGUACUCACUCAUUAUUUCAGUGCCAGAAAUCCCGACGUUUCCUGUUAAAACGUAGACUUCGCUGUCUAGUUUUGGACAUCUGUUAUGGGAGGUCAAGAAACAGCUGUGUGGCAUUAGCUUCUGAGGAACUAAGUGGUUUGAGGAAAUAGGUCUCCGCCUCUCCUCUAUCGUGGACCGCAAGUUUAAAGCGAAAGUGAAAGGUGUCGCUUCUCAGUGUGAGCUUCGACUUCGAAGCGGAGGACUCGUCACCGCUGCGGCCCCGACAAACCCCGUCUUCAUCGUUACUGGGAACUCGUCUGCAGCCAGUGGUUUUGGUGAUGUUGUCACAUGCACACUGAAACCUCGAGCUGCUGUUGACCCGGCAUGGAGCCGCCGAGGCAAGCGAGCGGCAGGUGACGGGCCGGAGAGGACGAGGAUGGACGGUAGCGGAGGAAGUGGUGCAGCCGGCGAUCGAGAGGAGGAUUCUCAUGUGUAGGAUGGUCAGAGACAAUUUUAAGAGAACAGUAGUACAGAACCAGAAAGAGAACCACGCUGCCGAGACACCGAGCCAAAGUCAACCUUCUGGGGAACCUGCUGCAGAACCUGCUGCAGAACCUUCUGAGAGCGUUACAGCACAGAGCCGGGAGCCGACAGAGAGGCAGCUGGAUCUACUGCACUGGCACAAACUCCGCUUUGUGGCGGAACCUGAAGCCUGGAACAAGCCUUCGAGCCAGGCUGAAGCCGACUGCUUGCCCACACACCUCCGUCCAUUCAGCAGUCAGGAAGAAUAUAAACUGGUGAAAACCACCUACAAUCAGUUGCUACAUAGUGGUUUCUACUGGGGACCGAUGACCAUGGAAGAGGCUCAUGAAGCCCUCGCACCAACACCUCUGGGCACGUUCCUCAUCAGAGAUAGCGGCCAGUCGGACGUUUUCUUCACCCUCAGCUACCAAAGCGAUGACGGCCCCACCAGCGUUCGCGUUCAGCUGAACAACCUGCUCUUCGGGCUGCACGGCAGCCACCGGACUUUCGCUUCCCUUUUUGCUUUGCUCACUUAUUACACGGGCUCGUCCUGCAAGCUCAGAGCGCCGUAUCGCAGGCAGCGCCCGGAGCGGCUGAAGGAGAUGUGCAGGAGAGCUUUUAUACGCACCUUUGGAGCAGAACCUGUAGGACUCAGCCCCCAAAUCGAAGACUAUGUCCACAAGUAUCCUCACUCCAUAUAGAGAAUUGUGAAGAACAUUUGUUUCAUGUACAUAAAUGCUUGUACUUUGUGCUUUCAGCUGUUUAACAAUUUUCUGAACAACACAGCUUUUUUGUUAUUAUUAUUAUUGUUGUUAUUAAUAUUAUUAUUAUUCAGUUCUUUGCACAUGUCAUCAAAAUGGUACCUAAUGCAGAGCACAAAUGACACAUACGAUCAGAAAUCUGGAUUUCAUAUACAUGUAAAUGUACAGAGCGUGAGGUCACUGCAAUGUUAGAAUUACUGUGUAAAUGCUGCACCACUGCCCGCGUAGUAUCACUUCAUGAUGUCCAUGUAAAUGUCAGGCUAAACUGGUUUGCAUAGCGGAUUAUCUUAAUUAUUAGCAAACAUUAAUUUGCAAAGUUUAUCUCAUAUUCUCUGUUUUUGUUUGGCUCAGAAGGCAAAAGUAGCCACGGUUGCAAUUAUUCUAACCAAGCGGUUCUUUUGUCUUUUCCGUUAAUAUUGGGCUAAUUGUCUCAUUAAAAUAACAUGCAGUUUCUCUGAAUAAUGGGACAAAUGCAGGAGCACUCUUGUAGUAUUGUCAUAAAUUAAGGAUGUAUUGCAAAACAAAAGCCCAUAUUUGUCCGACGGAUUAUUUGAACGUUCUAUACAGUGUUGACAACAUCAACAGUAUCACUGAAGAGCACAAAAACAUUUGCCAGGUAAAUGAGCAUAUCAUAACAAAACAACGCUCUCCGUCUAAGAAAAGUAUCACACAGCAAACGAGAUAUUUGUUGUUGCUUAGCAUUUUUCUUCCUUGAACUAGUCUGGAAGUAGUCUGCGUUACAUGUGGUCAUUUUGAUGAUAAAAAUUUAGUGUAACAGUAUUAAUUAAUUUGCUAAAGUACUAUGUCUGAUCUGCCUUUCAUCGACACUUGAAAUCAUUUGUAGUUGCCUUCAGACCUGUGGAACAGCAAACUGUGCAAGAUUGAAAUGCUGUGGAAAAUGUUGUUGCUGAGUAAAUUAAAUGCUGCGGUUACAGAGAGGA